AUGAGCAGCAGCAUGACUCCUCUAGCACAUGGACUCUAUCUGACUCUGUGCUUUUACUAUGGCUUGGCCCAAUCGUCUUUCCUGGACAGCUUUAAUUCAUUCCCUGCAGCGCUCGCUCCACAGGAACAGCAGAGGAGGUUGAACCCAUGCUGUUUAGUGAGUCCACCUCCACCCCCACUCUUCCCUCCACCCUUUUCACUUUGGCGCCGCCACACUCAUGAUGGUGAUUCAGAGUCUCCAUCGGGAGGCAAAGGUUCCACCUGUGCCCACGGCCCCCCUGGGCCUGUUGGUCCCCCUGGACCUCAGGGUCCACCAGGAUUACCAGGUGUUGCAGGGUCCAAGGGAGAAAAGGGAGAAAUCGGAAGACCUGGACAAAAGGGUAGGAAUGGUCCACCUGGACUUCCAGGAAAGCAGGGACCAGUUGGAUGGCCAGGACCAAGUGGGCCCAAAGGAGAGAAAGGUGAUCCAGGCAUAAUGGGCUUACCCGGAGGUAGAGGACCAAUUGGACCCAGGGGUUUGACCGGGUAUAAGGGUGAGAAGGGUUCACAAGGGGAACAUGGUGAAACUGGCUCUAAAGGUGACAAAGGCACAAUGGGUUUCCCUGGAAUGCUUGGGCAAAAAGGUGAAAUGGGUCCAAAAGGAGAACCUGGUGUUUCAGGAACCAGAGGACCCACUGGUCGACCGGGCAAGAGGGGCAAACAGGGAAUGAAAGGAGAAUCAGGCAGCGGUGGUUCAAGGGGGCCUGCCGGUCCACGGGGAGCUCCCGGACUCCCCGGUCCUCCAGGUCCUCCUGUCACAGGACUUCACUUGGUUGGAGCCAAAGGUGCCCGCGGGGCACCUGGGCAGCCUGGUCAUUGUAGCUGCAGUUCUCCAAGUGGCUCUCUCUUAGAAGAUUACUCCAGAGGAAAGACUCAAAAUCUCAAAGUACCUGCGAUCUUUGUGGUCAGCAACGAAGAGGAGCUCCAGCGUCUUCAGACAGAGAACGCGUUUGCAUUUCGCAAAGAUCAGAGAUCUCUCUAUUUCAAAGACACUAGCGGCUGGUUUCCAAUUCAGACCUUCCCUUUCCAGAUGACGGCAUUCCAGUCAAUGGAGAACCCGCCAGAUGAGGAUGGUUACUGCGGUGACGGCGUCGUGCAGCACGAACUCGGCGAGGAAUGUGAUGACCGCAACAAAGUUGUCACUGAUGGCUGCAUCAAGUGCAAACAUGCCUUCUGCGGCGACGGUUAUCGUCUUGAGGGUGCUGAAGAAUGUGACGGUAAAGACUUUGGAUACCAGACGUGCCACUCAUAUCUUCCGGGGUCAUACGGUCACCUGAAGUGCACGCCUUACUGCGCUAUCGAUUCCACAAACUGCAAGUACUUUACCUGA